CACGAAGACCCUUGGCUAGUAUAGAAAACAUUUUGCCAUUAAUACAUGAAAGUUCAUAUGAUAGAAUUGAGAAUAAAUAUGGUAAAAUUGAAAACAAUAGUGAUUUAGGAUUUGAAAAGAAGAUAGAAGAAAAUACUGCUAAUUAUCAAUGUGGACACCUACCUCCAAUCUGCAUUGAAAUUUACUGUGAAAAAGCCUUUGGAACUUGGGAAGAAUGUCAAGAGAUAUUAGAACAUUACACACAUCAAAAUAACUUUGCGAUAAAAAAAAAGCGGGUAGAUAAUAGCCUUGAUCCACACCAGUAUACUUGGAAUUGUGAACGGUCUGGUAAAUAUAUCUCACGUAAAACUGCUCCACCUAAAAAGCAAAGAAAUAAGGGUUCAAAAAGAAUUGGUUGUCCUUUUCUAGUGAAUGCAUGCAAGAGUAAGGGCCCUGAUAAUGAAACUAUAAUUAAGUUGACAUCAAUGAAGCUUGAACACAACCAUAUGUUGGUUUCUGAAAACGCUAACUUUGCUACUAGCUAUCGGAAACUUACCACAGAAAUGAAGGAGCUUAUUGAAAACUAUGUCCUUUGUGACAUUGAUGUUCCAUCUCAGGUUCAGUUACUCUGUGUGUUAUUUCCUGAAGCCACAAUUGUGGAUUAUGAUGUGAAAAACUAUGUAUAUAAGUUUCGUCGUACUCAUGAUAUACAGGGGUGUGAUACUGCAAAGCUUUUCCAGCACUUUGAAAAAGAGCGUACCAAGAAUCCUGAUUGGAAUGUUCAAUCGUUAAUUGAUCCAGAAACAAACAGAUUACAAGGUGUAUUCUAUAUGACCCCUGAACAACGCGAACUUUGGCGACGUUAUGCAGACAUUAUUUUAAACAACAAUACAGCAGCAACCAAUGCUAUAUUGCCUAAUGAAACAAGUGAAAGUUAUAGAUGGGUUUUACAGCAAACAAUUGAGGCUACAAGAGUUCAGCCCAGCGCUUUUAUGAUUGAUGCAGAUCCAGGUCUUGAAAGUGUUGUUCCCGAAAUAUAUCCUGAUCCUACCUACUCCAUUGUAUCUGGCACAUUGGGCGUAACAUUGAAAAGCAGCUUGCAAAGCUACUUGAAAUACUGGAAACAACUUAUGAUCGAUUUUCCAGAAUCAACUGAAUACCUACUUAGACAGCUUGAUUCACGUAAAACAACCUGGGCAAAAGCAUUUACAGGUCAAACUGUAAAUAAAAGAACUCAACUUCACAUCCUGUUUAACCAAAUUGAAUCACAUGUUGCAGAAGAACAAUUUGCUAGUCGGUUUGUGGCUUGGCGUGAAAAGACAACAUCAUAUAUAACACUAAGUGUCCCUAGACAACUUUUUCCUGAAAUAUACAAUAUAUUGCAAAAGUAUGUAACGGCCAAAAUUUUACAGUUACAUAUUGAUCAAAUGAAUGAGGCGGUGAUGUAUCAUAGCAAAAAGGUUAAUUUUGAGGAUCCAUAUAAUUUAACAUUGGAGGUUGUUGAUAAUGGGCCGAUUGAAUUUGAGUAUAACUUUCGUCAGAUACGUUUUGAUAAACUUCGUGAGGGGAGCAAUCAUUCCUUAGUUGCUGAGGGUUGGGAAGUUCAAUCAAUCGAGCAUAAAUCAAAUAUUGGACAGAAUUCUGAAAAGGCUUAUUUUCACAUUUCUCUCAUUCUAAGACGUUGGUACAAAGACGAAUUUAUGGACGUGGUAGUUGUUGAUGAGCCAUUUCUUAGAAGAAAUUCAUUAGAAAUGAACAGUUUAACACCAUCUUUACCUUCUUUUCCGGAUGUUGCUGAUUCGUGGAAUAUCAUGCUUAUUGAAGCUCCUGUACAAGCUGCAGCAAAAGCAAUUGGCCAUAAACAAUCGAUUAAAGGAACAUUGCUUGGGCUUGCCCGUAAAUAUGUAGAAGUAGUUAAUUAUGAUGAUUUAAAUGAUUCAAAGAUUUUGAUGGAAACAUUUAAGGAAUGGAUACGCAUCCAUGAGGAAGCACAAUGCAGCAAACAAAUUAUAGAACAGGAACUAGAUGAUAACCAAAUUGUAGAGAGUGAUCAAGAUACAGAGAGUAAUCAGGAUAUAGAGAGUGAUCAAGAUACAGAGAAUGAUCAAGAUAUCGAAACUACACGACUAGAUUUUCAGAACCCACUUCAAUAUAUUGCAAAA